CCCGGCUGCUCGAGCGCUGCGCUCGCUGCAUCCUGGGAUAGCUCCCCUUGUGCACGGCCAGCCCGGUGGAAACCAAGAUGGCCGAGUUGGUGUUGUGGAAAUCAGAGUGUCAAACGGGCCUGAAAUGAAACGUUAUCUCACUAAAGCAGACACCUCCGCCAAAAAAAAAAACAGCAGCAACAACAAACAUCCCAUUCCGGCGUCUUGCUGACAUCGCAGCAAAUUAACCGAGGGAGGUGUUUGUAUACAUACGCAAACAAACAGAGAGAGAGUCUCGUAUGAAUUCCGACGAGAAGCAGGACUGUGAGUGUACGCCACCACAGGCCAAGCCGAGCCCGGCAGCAAGAGCAGACAGAUCAUCAGGAGACCCUCACAUAGAAACCCUUGAAGCUAGCCGAAUGAAGCGAGCGGCUGCAAAGCAUCUAAUAGAGCGCUACUACCAGCAGUUAACUGAGGGCUGUGGAAAUGAGGCCUGCACGAAUGAGUUCUGUGCUUCCUGUCCGAGUUUCCAUCGUGUGGAUAACAAUGCGGCCGCCAUCAAGGCCCUCGAUCUUUAUAAGAUUAAUGCAAAACUCUGUGAUCCUCAUCCCUCCAAGAAAGGAACGAGUGCUGCUUACCUAGAGACCAGUGCCAAAGGAGCCCGCAACAACGCGUGCAGCGCCAGGGGGAUGAACCGGACGGAGGAGCCUCCCGCGAGGGAUCACUUCAAAGAUUUGAAUUACCUUACAGAGGAGAAAGUGUAUGAGAUCCUGGAGACCUGUGGUGAAAAGGAGGAUUAUUCUCCUUUGAUCCGGGUGAUCGGCAGAGUUUUCUCCAGCGCCGAUGGCUUGGUGCAGAGCUUCCGCAAGAACAAGCAGCACACGAAAGAAGAGCUGAAAUCGCUGCAGGGGAAGGAUGAGGACAAAGAUGAGGAUGAGAAAGAGAAAGCCGCCUGCUCUGCUGCUGCAAUGGAGGAAGACUCAGGAGCCUCAUCUUCCAGGUUAGAAGCCAGCAGCGUGAACAAGCCGGGCCCUGACGAAGUGUCUGUGGAUGUGGAGGCGGUGAGGAGGGUCUACAGCAAACUCCUGGCCAAUGAGAAGAUAGAGGCAGCCUUUCUCAACGCACUGGUUUACUUGUCACCCAAUGUGGAAUGUGACCUGACGUACCAUAACGUGUACUCCAGGGAUCCCAAUUAUCUGAACUUGUUUAUCAUAGUCAUGGAGAACAGCAACCUCCACAGCCCUGAGUACUUGGAGAUCGCCCUGCCUCUGUUCUGCAAAGCCCUGAGCAAGCUCCCGCUCCCUGCUCAAGCCAAGCUGGUGCGGCUGUGGUCUCGGUAUAGUGCAGGGCAGAUCCGCCGCAUGACAGAGACGUUUCAGCAGCUCAUCACCUACAAAGUGAUCAGCAACGAGUUCAACAGCCGCAACCUGGUGAACGACGAUGACGCCGUCGUGGCCGCCACCAAAUGCUUGAAAAUAGUUUACUAUGCAAAUGUGCUGGGAGGCGAUGUGGACAGAGAGCACAAUGAGGAGGAGGACGAGGAGCCCAUCCCCGAGUCCAGCGAGCUCACUUUGCAGGAGCUUCUGGGGGAGGAGCGGAGGAACAAGAAGGGGCCUCGGGUGGACCCGCUGGAGACAGAACUGGGCGUAAAGACGAUCGACUGCCGCAAACCACUUCUCCCUUUCGAGGAGUUUGUAAACGAGCCACUCAACGACGUACUGGAGAUGGACAAGGACUACACGUUCUUCAAGGUGGAGACAGAGAACAAGUUCUCCUUCAUGACCUGCCCCUUUAUCCUCAAUGCUGUAACCAAGAACCUGGGACUGUAUUACGACAACAGAAUUCGCAUGUACAGCGAGCGGCGCAUCACUGUCCUCUACAGCCUGGUUCAGGGGCAGCAGCUCAACCCCUACCUGAGACUCAAAGUGCGGCGGGAUCACAUCAUCGACGAUGCCCUUGUCAGACUUGAGAUGAUUGCCAUGGAAAACCCUGCAGACUUGAAGAAGCAGCUGUACGUGGAGUUUGAAGGAGAGCAAGGCGUGGAUGAAGGAGGAGUUUCCAAAGAGUUCUUUCAACUCGUAGUGGAGGAACUCUUCAACCGCGAUAUCGGGAUGUUCACGUACGACGAGACGACCAAACUGUGCUGGUUGAACCCGGCCUCGUUCGAAACGGAGGGUCAGUUUACACUGAUUGGGAUUGUGCUGGGGCUUGCCAUUUACAAUAACUGUAUCCUCGACGUGCACUUCCCCAUGGUCGUCUACAGAAAGUUAAUGGGGAAGAAAGGAACUUUCCGCGACCUGGCCGAUUCUCAUCCGGUGCUGUUUCAAAGUUUAAACGAGCUCCUGGAAUACGAGGGCAGUGUUGAAGAUGACAUGAUGAUCACUUUCCAGAUUUCACACACCGAUCUCUUUGGCAAUCCGCUGAUGUAUGAUUUAAGGGAAAAUGGAGACAAAAUCCCUGUUACUAAUGAAAACAGAAAGGAGUUUGUUGCCCUGUACGCUGAAUAUAUGCUGAACAAAAGCGUUGAAAAGCAGUUCAAGGCGUUCCGGAGAGGCUUCCACAUGGUGACCAGCGAGUCUCCGUUAAAGUAUUUAUUCAGACCCGAGGAAAUCGAGCUGCUGAUCUGUGGAAGCAGGAACCUAGACUUUGAAGCACUUGAAGAAACAACGGAAUAUGAUGGAGGCUAUACCCGGGAAUCCCGUGUCAUUAGGAGCUUCUGGGAGAUCGUCCAUUCAUUCGCAGAGGAACAGAAACGGCUCUUUUUACAAUUCACCACAGGCACAGACCGGGCCCCUGUGGGUGGCCUUGGCAAACUUAAGAUGAUUAUAGCCAAGAAUGGUCAAGACACAGACAGGUUACCCACAUCACACACGUGUUUUAAUGUCCUCUUGCUUCCUGAAUACUCCACUCAGGAGAAGCUUAAAGAAAGACUCUUAAAGGCCAUUACCUAUGCCAAAGGAUUCGGCAUGCUGUAACAGAUACAUGGCUGUUAUAAAGUACUGACAUUUCUUUGGAAGUUUAAUGUCCCUAUUUAAUAAAGAAAAGAAAAGCUGUCUAAGGUAGUGAGCUCCAGUAGUCACUUGUAUCUGUGCCUCCCUCCUGUACAGAGGGCAGCGAGCUGGAACAGCAGAGUACAGCUGCUUGCAGGAACACCAUUGUUCUGUUCGUGUGAAUUUGUUCUAUAUUCCUUCACUUGUAUGUACAGAAAGGGGUUUUCCUGACUCUAUUUUAAAGGUUAAAUCAGUUUCUCAUGGUUUUGUCUGCUUGGAGUUAAGCUGUUUUUUGGGGGGCGGGCGGGUAUAUAAAUUGUAAAAUCCCUGGAAAAUCUUUUUUUUUUCCUCUUAAAACAAGAAAACUUGGAGCUUCCAGCUCUUUUGCUUUCCUUUUUUGUGACUUCACUCAAUGAGGAGCUGUAAGUUUCUUCUCUGGUUUACUUUGAAAAUUGAAGCCUUGGAAGUGGUGUAAUGUAACUACUACUGUUGUAGCUGAAGGAGAAUCCAGGCGUAUCUCUGCUCAGUAAAGACGGAAGGGGGACCUUGGACUGCUAAACUGCAGCCUUGAGAACUUGAGUUCAACCACAGCACAUAAAAGCAAAAGAAAGGCAGCAUUCACGCCACGAUUGAGGGGCUUUACCAGUCUAGUAAUAUGAAUGUCGUGCUUGUUAUUUGUAAAGGAUAUUGUUUAGUAAUAGGCAGUACUUGCAGUACUUUUUCCUCAGAAGGGGGGGGGGGGGGGGGUGCAUUUUCAAGCAAUUAGUGCAGAGUACUGAAGAACAGUAAGAGGUUGCUGUACUGUGUAUCAUGCAGCAUGUGAAAGUGCACUUAAAAAUGUGAAAUGUUUAAACUGCUUGUUACAAUGGCAUUUCUUUUCUGUUGAAAAUAUCAUUUAAUUUUGAGUCUCACCAGUUUGCUAUUGUUUUACAGCUCUGUUUUCUAACAAGAAAUAUAUUGUCAUUUGCAGCAGCCAGUUUUUAUUUGCUGUAGACUUUCUAUUCACUUUGAUGAAGCCCAUUUAUCCUGCUCCUACAUCCACAUGCGCUUCACACUCACUGUCAUAUUACCUGUGGCACUGGGAGUGAACAGGGACAGGAAACACAGUACUUCAAUUAAACUUAGUGUCAACGCAGGAUCCAAAGUCUGAAAAACAAAACUCUUCUGCAAAAUAGGGGAUUAGUUUUGAAUUCUUGGUUAUAAGACUUGUUAUGCAACUGUAUCCAUUUUGCUGCCAGUUUUGCAAUAUGUGCUCUUACAUUUGUAUGUGUCCUAACUUUAUUAGAAAUAAUUGGCAUUUUGUAGACAACAGGAUAAUACCACUUCCCCUGCCAAUCUUGAAUAGCGCCUUCAAUUCCACACUCACUAGAGUGUGAGGGGGUUAAUAUUGGUAAGUGAUUCCACAGUGAACUUUACCUGCAUGCUUUUGAAGUUCAUAAAUCUCUCGUAGUCUCCAUUCAGCUGAAACAGUCACAGGAGUUCAAUUCACAUUGUAUACAGAAUCUUCAAACUAAGGAUGAUAACCAUUUUCUGUCUUCAGUCACUCUACAGCAAACAUAUGCACAUGCAUUCAGUUUACAUACACGUAUGUUUAUAGUUUGUGCUUCCACUUCUUUUCUAACCUUAUUAGCCAUAUGCCCUGACGUCUGUUGAUGUAACGUACCUGUUAAUUGUACACCCCCACAGUUGUAUAUCUGAAAGAAGUCAAAUCUUUAAGGGAAGCAAAUAAUCAAUGUUGUUUUUAUUGGGUUCAUUUAAACCCAGCCUCCUCUUCAAAACGAAAGAACAAGAAAAAUAAGUGGUGUGUAAACAUGAUGCUGAAUAAAAGUGACUGCAUUUUUAAAA